AUGUUCGCGUACGUACGUUAUGAGGACAAGCACAAGGCCGUGCUACCCACGACUUUGAUCAAGCGCUUCACGCCGGGAGACGUGGAUGACUUCGACCACGAGAAGUCCAAGAUGGUCUUCUGGGUAGACGAGAAUGGUAGUCAGGCCGGAUACUACAAAGCAAAAGUCGUCAUGCUUGGAGAAACCGAAGACCUCUUGCUGCGGUCAAUGAUCAAGCAGAGGAUUGCAAUUCCUCGCAUCAUCCACGAUAACCGGGAAGGACAACCAAUGGAGGAUGGUCAGUCAACCUCUUCACACACUGCGCAGACAGAUCACGGAGAGAAGACUACUUCCAAAAAACGCCGUAUUGAAGAGCAGCAUUUAGACGGAUCGCAGGGCACUGUUCCUAUAACGUUGUAUGAGGCUCAGCGAGCUAAAGCCAAGGCGCUUAAGCAAGAGGUGAAGCGUCUCCGGCUGGAGCUUGAUGAGGAAAGGAGCCUCUCCAGAAGCAUACAGACCAUAUUCCUGUCAAGACUACGAGCGGAGUCGUCUUCUGCGGUGUCUGCUCCAGCAGCUCCUGCCUGCUUCAGUGGAAGGCUCCCUCUGCCGCUAGAGCAACCAGUCCCUAAGGAGCCUCAAGGAGCGGCAAGGGAAUGUCCCCUCUCCUUACAUGGAACCUCAGUCUUGGACUAUGAUGUGAGCAGCCCAGAAGAGCUGUGCCUGGAACCUCCUGCUGCCAAGGUCUCCGCGGUCGUGCUGUUAAGAGAACCCGAUGAGAUUCUGACACCAAGCCAGGCUAUCGAGAAGGUACAACCCUCAGCCAGCGCCCAGCUGAUGUUGCCACCACCCCCUCCUGUGCCGGUUGCCGCUGGGAACCCUGAUCAAGUUGAUCUGGGCAGUGGUGUUUCAAUGACGGCAGCGCAGUUUAAUCACUGCGCUGAUAAAUCUGACACCGAUUCAAAAUUUAAGAAGAGCUCCUUGCUCGGAGCGUGA